AUGCUUCUCAGUCUCGUCGCCGGUUACGUCCUCUCUUCUUCUUUGAUUCUUCAGGAAUCCCACCUACUCGUUCGAACUACGUUCUUCUUCGGAGGCUCAGAGUUGGAGAUUUCGUUUUCGCCGUCCGUGUACUCACCGUCUCGCCGGAAAUCAACACAUGCAAAGACGAUAUUGAAGAGUAUGGAGGCUUCGAAGGUUCCGAAAAGAUACCAGGUUGCUCUGCUUAUCGGAGGUCUUUAUAUUUGUGGAAAGGUUGGAUGGGAAUCUGUAAUGAGAAUGGGAAUAUGCACACGAGAACUGUUCUUCUAUGAGACUAUAAAAUACAUGUAUCCUCCUCCAUGUUGCUACACUUUGGAUUCUAGCAUGAAGCUACAGUACAUUAAAGAUGAAACAUAG